AUGAACUAUAUCAUGCUGGUUUCGCGUCAGGGCAAAGUACGACUCGCGAAGUGGUUCCAGACUCUGCCGCCGAAAAGCAAAGCGAAAAUCGUGAAGGAUGUCACGCAAUUGGUGUUGGCUCGUCGGACGAGGAUGUGCAACUUCUUAGAGUACAAAGAUACCAAGGUCAUCUACCGCCGCUACGCCUCACUCUUCUUCAUCUGCGCAGUCUCUCCGGGCGAUAAUGAGCUCAUCACGCUCGAGGUCAUACAUCGCUAUGUCGAGGUUCUGGACCGGUACUUUGGGAAUGUCUGCGAACUGGAUCUCAUUUUUAACUUUCAGAAGGCUUAUGCGAUACUGGACGAGCUUAUCAUCGCUGGAGAGCUUCAAGAGUCUUCAAAGAAGGCCGUGUUGAAAAUUGUCGCUCAAUCCGACGCUAUAGAGGAGGGUGAGUCGCUAGAGAAUCGUUCGAAGGACGCGGGAUUCACUUGA